AUGGCCGGAGACUUCGAACCCAGGGAGACGCCCCGCGAGGAGAUGCGGGACGCCAAACUCCCCCUCGCCUACCGCGACAGCUGCGCCCACCUCCUCAUCCCCCUCAACCGCUGCCGCACCGAUACCUUCUACCUGCCGUGGAAGUGCAAUGACGAGCGCCACAGCUACGAGAAGUGCCAGUACGUCGAGUUCAAGAAGCGUGUCGCCAAGAUGAACGAGCUCCGCGCGGAGAAGGGUACGAGAAGCAACUGA